AUGACAAAGCCACUAGUAUUAUUUAAACGGGAUGUUAUUGAAUUCUUCGAUGAAUUCUUUGACGGCACGGAGAUGCCGUUCACUGACAACAAGGCGUCUAUUGACAAGCAGUACAAAGAUGUUAUGGAGGUUAUGGGGGACAUGGAUCGCAGGAUUAAAUUACUUGAAUCAGUUUGCUUGAGAUCUACCUCCGAAGCCUCCGCAGCCGUCAGAGUGGAUCUUUACAAGGCGAUUGGAUGGUGGCGGCAGGCAAUUUCAAGGAUGUAUGAAGCUGAUGGAGAUCCAGGGUUAGGCGACGGUCUAGAUCAAGUUCCAGAGGACGAGUGA